AUCAUCUCCAGAGGAGACUCCGCGACAGACGACGAAGAAGACGAAGAAGAAGAAGAAGAAGAAGAAGAAGACCGGAAGUUAGUGGAAGCAGAAUUGAACAGUAGCUGAACCCGUGCAGGCCAGCAACAACAACAACAACAAAGAAACAGAAAGAACAGAAGAAGAAGAAGAAGAAGAAGGGAUGGUAAGGUGCGUAACCGACACGGCGCGAGGCCUCGCCUGCAGGGACAGCGCGGCGGCGACCCAUCUCAAGCUCAUCUCCAUCCUCGUCAUCUUCGUCACCAGCGUCGUGGGCAUCUCCUCCCCCGUCCUCCUUGCCCGUUACUUCCGAGGCAAGCCCGCCUACGACAAGGCCGUCCUCGCCAUCAAGUGCUUCGCCGCCGGCGUCAUCCUCUCCACCUCCCUCGUCCACGUCCUCCCGGACGCCUUCGACGCCCUCUCCGACUGCGCCGUCGCCUCCCGCCACCCCUGGAAGGACUUCCCCUUCGCCGGCCUCGUCACCCUCUUCGGCGCCCUCCUCGCCCUCUUUGUCGACAUCACCGCCAGCUCCCACGUGGAGCACAGCAGCCAGGCGCCGUACAAGCCCAUCGGCACCCACGAGGAGAAGAAGCUGGCCGAGCUGGGGGUCGUCGAAUCGGCCGAGCUCGGGGCCAGUUGCGGUGCCGAUCAGGCCGAGGAACUGGUGAAGCUGAAGCAGAAGUUGGUGUCGCAGGUGCUGGAGAUUGGAAUUAUAUUCCACUCGGUGAUAAUCGGGGUCACGAUGGGCAUGUCCCAGAACCAAUGCACGAUCAGGCCCCUCGUCGCUGCCUUGGCCUUUCACCAGAUUUUCGAAGGCAUGGGUCUCGGCGGUUGCAUAGCUCAGGCGGGUUUCAACUUCGGGACGACGAGCUACAUGUGCUUCAUGUUCUCAGUGACAACUCCAAUGGGGAUAAUACUGGGGAUGAUCGUGUUCUCGCUGACAGGUUACGACGACAGUAGUGCUCACGCAUUGAUUAUGGAAGGUCUGCUGGGAUCUCUGUCGUCCGGUAUACUCAUUUACAUGGCGCUUGUCGAUCUCAUAGCGGCGGAUUUUUUCCACAACAAGUUGAUGGAUUCAUCCGGGCCGUGGUUGAAGAAGGCAUCUUUAGUUGCACUUACUCUUGGUUCUACAUCUAUGUCCAUCCUCGCCCUAUGGGCUUAAUCAAUCAUUUUUUGGAAAUAAAUUAGGCAGUGAAGCAUGUCGUCAUGUAAAAUCCGAAUCGCCAAAUAGAACAUGGAUGAAACAUAUAAAAAAGGAAAAGAUGCGUUCUUGAUCUCUGGGUUGAAUCUUCGUAAGGGAGUCAUGAAGUCUGUCUUCGAUUUAAGAAGCUAAUGGAAUCUGUUCCUGGAUUA